UCGUUGAGAAGUUUCAGGGGCUUUCGUCAUCUUCUCCGGAGCGUAUCCAUAUUCAUUAUUCAAUUAUUCAAUAACAAAAACUUCAUUUCAAAGUUCAAACUUGGUCGUUGAGAAUACUCUGCCCGCCUAUAAUGAAUUAUGAACCCAUCAAUAAUACCGUGACACAACAGCGAAGAUAAUCUAUGAUGGAAUUGAACCAUCAUCAAUGACAUGAACUAGUUUGUGCUUCCGGAUUUCAAUCUUUGAUUCUUUUGAAGAACCCCUGUUUCCUGUUUUAAUGGCGACGUUGAUACCGGGGGUUUUAUUGAAGUUACUGGAUGGGAUGGAUUCAGGGGUGAAGCCGACAAGUGAACAUAGGAGUUCACUUUUACAAGUUACAGAUAUUAUGCCAGCUGAUCUUGAUGAGAAAGAUCUCUGGCCAAAACAUGGAUUUUACAUAAAACUUUCGGAUUCAUCUCAUUCAAUCUACGCGAGAUUACCUUUAGAAAAAGACGAUCUUGUUCUCAGUAAUAAAAUGCAGCUUGGCCAGUUCAUUCAUGUUGAAAAACUGGAGUCUGGUUCCCCUGUUCCUAUAGCUAAAGGAGUGAAACCACUUCCAGGACGCCACCCGUUUGUUGGAAUGCCUGAACCAUUGAUCGGGUUAAAAGGAAAACAGGAAACGAAUCAGUUAAAAGGAAAUCUUCAUCUGAAUUCAAAAUCAUCUGCUUCUAGAAGGGGUUCUUGGGGUACAAAGGGAGAACAUGGAGUUUGUGCAUCACCUAUAGCGUUAAAGCCAUGUCCUUUGAAGUUUGAUCAAUGUACACCUGUAAAAGUGAGGUCUUCGAUGAUUAGCUCUAGAUCAGCUGAGAAGAGAAGCUCAAAUGGAAGGGUAUCAAUGUCUAAAUUGACUGAAAGUCCUGUGACUAGUGUAAAGAAAAGCUGUGUUACUUCUUCUAUGGUGAAGAUUCCAAGGAGCAGCAAGAGUGGCACAUGUGACAAAGGUGCAAAGAUGUCAACAAGUCCCUACAACUCAGCUGAAAAGAAAAGUGCCACAUCACCCCGAAGUUUACAGAGUAAACAAAUGGUGUCUUCUCCCAUUUCUGGUGUUAACACGAAGGAAUGCUUGAAUACAAAUAUUACCUCACAAGUGAAGUCUCCAAAUCCUCAUUCAUCUUCUGAGACCUCUUUAUUUAAUCUGCCACGAAAGCUUAGCUUACUGGGAAAGGAAGCCAUCCAACAACGAGAAAAAGCACAGAAAAUUGCCCUUCAAGCGCUUAGAAAUGCCUCAGCCACUGAAACUAUUGUUUGGUCUCUCAAGAGCUUAUCUACUUUGAGCAAGUUGGCUAACCCUGAGGAUCCAACAGAUUGUUUUGAUCAAUUUCUUGAAUUCCAUAACCAAAUAGUUCAAGCCAUAGCCGAUAUGGUGUCAAUUAAAUCAGCAACAGAAGUCAACAAUAUCAUGAACAACUCCAAUCAAAAGUCAACAGUCUUGGGAAAACACACGAGGUCAUCAAAUGUUAACCAAAAGGGUAAAAUGGGAACAUGUAAACAAAAUGGAAACAAGCAUUCGUGUCUGAAUGAUACGAUUAAACUAGGAAAGCAGAUUGAGAGAGAGGCUGGAAAUUGGUUCAUGGAGUUUUUGGAGAAAGCUUUGGAAAAGGGUAUGGGGGAAUCAAAGUUUAUAAAAGUUCAUAAAUCACUUGUAAUGAAGGUUAUGAAAUGGGUGGAAGUUGAACAAUGUGAUUCUAGCAAGAGGUUAGUGAAUCCUAAAGCAAUUGAAAUUGCAAGGAAGUUGAGGAUCAAGGUGAAGAGCCCUUGAAUAUUGAUGUAAAUUGAUUUUUGUAUCAAAUGUUGUUUGAUACAAUAAAAAACAUGGGUGUAGUUUGCAUAAAGUGAUGAGUUUAAAUACAAAAAAUUUGGGUUGAACCAAAUGCUUACAA